AUGAAUCGCUUAUCGAUUAUGAUAGAUGCUUGUAAGGCCGUUAGAGUGUUAGAAAACCAAAAAAAUCACAAAGACAAACCAGUUCGCCGCAAGGAAGAAAAACCGGAAGAACCAGAAUUGCCGAAAUACAGAGAUCGAGCUAAGGAACGUAGAGAAGAUCAAAAUCCUGAUUAUGAACAAACUGAACUUGGGUUUCAUGUUGUUGCUCCUCCUGGUGCCGUUGAUAUUACGUCAUCUGAUGCGUAUAAGUUAUCGAUUGAGAAGAGCAAGUACCUUGGAGGUGAUGUGGAGCAUACACAUUUGGUUAAAGGUUUGGAUUAUGCUUUACUGAACAAAGUAAGGAGUGAAAUUAAGAAGCCAAAUCUGAGGAAAAAGGUUUUGCCUGCUGUCAUCGUUCGUCAACGUAAGCCAUGGCGCCGAAAGGACGGUGUCUUCAAGUACUUUGAAGAUAACGCUGGUGUCAUUGUGAAUCCUAAGGGAGAAAUGAAAGGUUCUGCUAUUACUAGUCCUAUUGGUAAGGAGUGUGCUGAUCUAUGGCCUAGAAUCGCAAGUGCUGCCAAUGCCAUUGUUUGA